UGCAUUUUUUUUCCCAUCAAAUUCCUCAAAAAAGAAAAAUUAAACCCUCCACACUAAAAAAGAAGAACUGCUCAAUUUAUUCACUCUCUUAACUUGUCUUCACACCCAUGAUAUAUGCAUCAAAAAGUGUAGCCACCCUAACCCCAAAACGUUCCUUUUUUAACUCCUUGCAACACACAAGUGUAAAAUUGUCCACUACCCUUUAAAGGUUGGUUUCUCUGCAUUUAGCCCACUUGAAUUCCGGCGCCGAAUGUUCGAUAGCUGCCAAGUUUAACCGACAUAUUUGUCGUGUUUCGAUGGUUUUUAUGAACCAAAGGAGCCUAGCAUAGAGAUGGAAUCAAUGGAGAAUGUUAGAAUGCAAAGAGAGAAAGAUCAGAAGUUCGAAUUGCCGUCCGGCUUUCGAUUUCAUCCCACCGAUGUAGAGCUCAUAAAUUACUACCUUGUUAAGAAGGUUCUUGAUGAUAAGCACUUCUGUUCUAUAGCAAUUGCUGAUGCUGAUAUGAACAAGUCUGAGCCAUGGGAUUUACCCGGUUUAGCGAAAAUGGGCGAAACAGAAUGGUAUUUUUUUAGUAUGAAGGAUAGAAAAUACCCAACUGGCCAAAGGACUAAUAGGGCGACCGAGGCCGGAUAUUGGAAGGCCACAGGCAAAGACAAGGAGAUAUCAAAGGAGAAUUCAAAGAUUGGGAUGAAGAAGACCCUUGUUUUCUACAAAGGAAGAGCUCCAAGAGGUGAAAAGACUAAUUGGGUCAUGCAUGAAUAUAGAUUGGAAGGGAACAAAUCUGUUUAUAAUCUGUCACAACCUGAAAGAGGUGAAUGGGUUAUAUGCAGAGUAUUUGAGAAGGGCAAUAAUGGAAAAAGACUGAAUAUUGCAAAGUUGGAGAGGCUCAACUCUUCGGGAAAGGAACCAUUACCAUUGCCAAAACCUACUCCUUUGAUGCCUCCAUUGAUGGAUUCUUCAUCAUCGAGAACCACCCCCGGCGAGUUAUCUCAGGCGACGUGCUACUCCUCGGAUCCAAAUCAAGCCGAUGUCCAGAACAAUUUGCAUGAUGACAUAGUUGAAAGCAGGGAAACUCCUAUCUUGAACUUUUCCCCUGCUUCCAUCAAUGAAGAAUUAAUUCAGAUUCCAAACCAAAUUGAGAAUCCGGAUUAUUAUACUCUGCCUCAAGAAAACAACGGAUCAAUUGCAAGGCAGAAUCAGAAAUCAGAGUUUGAUGCUGAUAUAUCAUCUUUGAUUUACAACAAUGACAUGUUUUACAGGUUCUUUGGGAACCAAGAACAUUCAUCUUCAGCUUCCGCAGACAUUUGCAACCUAUGGAAUUACUAGAUAAGGUUGAAGGAUAUUAAAUAAUAUUAUUACUCUCUCUUUUUUUAAGACAAAUUAAAGUAAACAUGUCAUUUAUAUCAUACCUUUAAAUUCUGAAUUGAUUACCUGCAAAUGCAUGAAC